CAACAAGCUUCGAGUAAAGGGGGAAAGGCCUCUUCUUUGCUCGCGGACUCUGCACUCUGCACCAAUGUUGCCUGCUACGUCUCUUCACUCUUCUGUUGUCCAUCACCGUCCAACUCCCUCUCUAUCUCCCCUUUCAACCUCGCUUCCCCACUCUUCCAUCUCUUUCUCUCCUUCUUCUUCUUCUUCUUCUUCAUGUCUCGCUUUCUUCACCAUCUCCUCCCCUCUCCGGACCAAAACCCACUUCAGAAUAAACUCAAAACCCAAGCAGGCAUUCAGACCCAGUUGCUCCAAGAGUGAACCUUUGAAGGUGAUGAUAUCCGGUGCCCCUGCAUCCGGAAAAGGCACCCAGUGCGAGCUCAUUGUUAACAAGUUUGGAUUGGUGCACGUAUCAACAGGUGAUUUAUUGAGAGCUGAAGUAUCAGCUGGGACAGAAAUAGGAAAUAAAGCAAAAGAAUUCAUGAAUUCUGGGCGUCUGGUUCCUGAUGAAAUCGUCACAGCUAUGGUGACAGCAAGAUUAUCACGCCAGGAUGCUAAAGAAAGAGGGUGGCUUCUUGAUGGCUAUCCAAGGACUUCGGCUCAGGCAGACAGUCUAGAGAAAUUGAACAUUAGACCAUAUGUCUAUAUUGUAUUAGAUGUUCCUGACGAAAUUCUAAUCGACAGAUGUGUCGGUAGAAGGCUAGACCCAGUGACAGGGAAAAUUUAUCAUCUAAAAAAUUUCCCACCGGAGACAGAGGAAAUUAAAGCAAGACUGGUGACUCGUCCUGAUGACACAGAGGAAAAAGUGAAAUCAAGACUUCAAAUAUACAAGCAAAACGCAGAAGCAAUAUCAUCCACUUACUCAAGCAUAAUGAAGAAGAUUGAUGGUAACCGACCAAAAGAAAUAGUUUUCAAAGAAAUAGAUUCCUUAUUGUCCCAAGUGAAGGAAGAUCAUACUCUAGCGAUUAAUUCAGUUGAGUUAGCAAAAGCAGUGCUAGAUGCUGAGAGCCGUUUGAAUCAGGGAUCUUCAAGCCAGGACAAAUGGAGAGGAAUCCCAACAAGAUUAAAUAACAUUCCUCAUUCUCGAGAAAUCAGGGAUUAUUUCUAUGAUGAUGUGUUAGUAGCCACACAGAGAGCUGUAAAUGAUGGAAGAACUCGAUUAAAGGUGGAGAUAAACAUCCCAGAGUUGAACCCAGAAAUGGAUGUUUAUCGAAUAGGCACAUUAAUGGAACUUGUUCGGGUUCUUGCUCUUUCAUUUGCUGAUGAUGGAAAAUGCGUCAAGGUUUGUGUACAAGGUUCCAUGGGAGAAGGUGCACUCGCUGGAAUGCCAUUGCAACUGGCUGGUACUAGAAAGAUCUUGGAGUUUAUGGAUUGGGGUGACUAUGGUGCCAAGGGAACAUUCAUCAAGUUUGGUUCAAUAGGUUCCAAAGAGGUUGAUGAACAAGAUGACAUGUUCAUCCUAGUGGCUCCUCAAAAUGCUGUUGGAAACUGCAUUAUAGAUGAUCUAAAAGCAAUGACUGAUGCUGCUGGAAACCGGCCUGUUAUUCUCAUCAAUCCCAGGCUCAAGGACUUACCUGGUUCAAGUGGUAUUAUGCAAACAAUGGGUCGGGACAAGAGAUUGGAGUAUGCAGCUUCUUUUGAAAGUUGCUAUUUCUUUAGGCUGCUUUAUUAUGCUGGAACUCAAUAUCCAAUUAUGGGUGCCCUAAGGAUGUCUUAUCCCUACGCUUAUGAAUUAUACAAGAGGGUGGAUGAACCAUCUGGGAAGGAAAAGUAUGUCAUCCUGUCAACAUUUGAUGGAAAGCCAAACAUAGAUGAAAUCAAUAAUGCUUUCGUAGGGAAACCAAGAAAUCAAGAUAAGAAACCUUCUGGGAUUUGGGGCUUUUUGAGUGGUGUGUUUUGAAUACAGCAGAGGAUGUUAAAAAAAGGUCCACUGUCUAAUAUGCAACAAGUACAAGGUAAACACCAUGUUUCAGAAAUGUCUUGGAAUCAGUUGAAUGUUGCUAUAUAAGCUCAAUAGCACUAAUAAAGAUGAUCAAUGUGCAAUUAAAAAUGAUCCCUGGAAGAUUGAACAAAGAAAGUUCCCUUUGAUUGGAACUCUGUAAAUUAGCUAACCUUUUUCCCUUUGCCCCCUUCUUGUGUGACAGUUGGAAGGGGAUACACAUAUUAUAUGUGUUAAUAUGUUAUAAGGUUUCAAAUGAGAAAUCUUCCACAUGAACUCUUGCAACUAGUAGUUGAUCUUUUGAUUAAAUGAAAUGUUAAGGC